UCAAGUGAGCGCUUUAAAGUGCGCAAAUCAUUUUAUUUUGUUUGGCAACAAAAUUUAAUCUUAUCGCCGCUUCGCCCGUACAUUGUGCGCCAGCGAUAGCAAAUGCGAAUGCCAGAAACACGGCGAACUCAACACAUAUCACAAUGCUGCUGCUGGAGCUGAAAAUACUAACAUUGAACAUUUGGGGUAUUCCAUUAGUUUCCAGUCACCGAGCGCCACGCAUCGAGGCCAUAUGUAAGGAGCUCAGCGGCGGCCAAUAUGAUGUUGUGUCCCUACAGGAGGUCUGGUCCCAGCACGACAGCGAGCAACUGCAGCAGGGGACAUCCAGUGUUCUUCCCUAUUCCCACUACUUUCACAGCGGCGUGAUAGGUGCCGGACUGCUGGUGCUCUCAAAGUAUCCCAUAUUGGGUACGCUGUUCCAUGCGUGGUCCGUCAACGGCUAUUUCCAUCGCAUCCAGCAUGCGGACUGGUUCGGCGGCAAGGGAGUGGGUCUGUCUCGCAUCCUGGUCGGCGAUCAAAUCGUUCAUCUGUACAAUGCGCAUCUGCAUGCGGAAUACGACAACGACAAUGAUGAUUACAAGACGCAUCGGGUUAUUCAGGCAUUCGAUACGGCCCAGUUUAUCGAGGCGACACGUGGCAAUUGUGUGCUCCAGAUCUUGGCUGGUGAUCUCAAUACGCAGCCGCAGGACAUUUCAUACAAGGUGCUCCUCUACACCUCGAAGAUGCAGGACAGCUGUGCAUCGGACGCAUUCCGAACGAAUGAGUGUGCCCGGAACUCGUACACAUCGAAACGUGCGCUGGCCAAGAAUCCACUGGGCAUCAGGAUCGAUCAUAUAUUCGUGAGGAGUGCCGAUCAUAUUCAGGCUGAGAUUGCCGAAUAUACGCUACCGUUUCCGGAUCGCGUGCCUGGACAAAAGUUCAGCUAUUCGGAUCACGAAGCUGUUCUGGCUAAAGUAAGGCUGACACGACUGACUGACAAUACUCCUGUCGACAUCGAGCAAGUGGAGUGCCACAUCACACAGGAGGAGGAGCAAGGUUGUGGCGAUCCGGGAGCCAAUGGUGCCAAUGGUGAUGUCGCUCCAGCCGCCAAUGGCGAAAGCAUGAGCUGCUCGUCAUCCUUGCCCGCUGCACGCACCGCAGCCCUGACUGAGGCACUCACUCUAUGCGAUUCCUCCCUCUUGCAAUUGAAUACGGAUCGCUUGUUGUACUACAGUGCGGCAACUGUUCUCCUUGUGCUUCUCGUGCUGCUCUGCGAAUUUUCUGCACCUGUUGGAUUGGGAACUAUUUAUCUGUUGCUCAAGUUUAUUGUGUUUGGCGUUAUUCUGUUCUGUGUGUUCAUGGCCUCCAUUUGGAACUACAUGGAGCGCAACGGGGUGCUGCAGGGCAAGAAGGCGAUGGAGGUGAUGCUGCUGCAUGCCCAGAAAUAUGAAUAUUUCUAUUGACGACCGACUGCAGUUUAACAUUUAAGUAGCUCAAGAAGCAUUUAAAUUGUGGCCAAAGUGCUAUAUUCUAAUAUUUAUAUACAUACAUAUAUAUGUCGACUAAGAUAGGUGUUCAAAGUGUGUAAUGUUCAAUAUUAAAUGGUCUCUAUCCCCGUCUUUUAAAAAUC